UCCCGCCUUUCGCUUCUCAAAUCCCUCUCCUCCGUCUCUUGUCUUGUCCCUGUCCUUUGAUCCAAGGUGUGCCACUCACAUAUUCAACAUCCAAUUGGAGCCCUCAAGUCACAUCACUCCUGAUCAACCGACAGAUCAAGGAAAUCUAGGUCCCUCCCACCUACCAAUCUGUCAUCUCGCAUUCUUAACUCCGCAAAGGAGGGCGAAGAAAAGCGCCGGGGGAUCGCACCCGCUUGGGAGGAUGUGCCCUUCUCGAACCGGACUGCCCGUUGGUUGCUCCUCAAAUUGAUUCUUCUGCCCGUUUUGUCUUGGCUUCACAGCCCCCCCGCUCCGAUUACCGUUGCAUAAACGGGCGAGAUCCAGUGUCUUGAUCUGAUCAGAUCAUGUCACCUAUAGCAAGCGAUCCAUAUCACUACUUGAGCUGGCUUCUAACACAGCUGCGUGUUUCGACCGUCUUGUUCUCCUCUUCCUCGUCUCACCGGCCCACUGGUCAUUCGUGAACCAAUCUUCUGGCUGUACAACAUGGUGUACUGUGGCAAGCCUUCCAAGGGCUGUUCCAGCUGCCGCGAACGAAAGAUCAGGUGUGACCAAAAGGAGCCCGGCUGCGGCCAGUGUGAGAAGCGUCAGCAAGAAUGUCCCGGCUAUCGAAACAUCGUCGACCUGAUGUUCCGGGACGAGAGCUCCCAUGUCAUCAAGAAAGCCGCCAAAACAAAAGCCCGAGGCCGCUUGAAGAACCCGCAGGCUUCCAGUACAGCCCCGGACGCCGAGCCGUCUGAUAAGCCACCGGCCGGCGCCAGCACCGACCCUAAGAGCUCCGAUCCGAGCCCCAGACCAGCCGUCAAACCUGGUGCGCGUCGCCACCAUCCACCUCGCCCUCUGGCCGUGGUGACUCGGAACGUUACCUUUAGGCACCGACCACGCCAGGCUCGAUGGGCCUCCUCUUCCUCCGAAAGCGACGGAGACGACGACAGCCUGUUGCCCUCCCCCGCGGAGGAGACCUGGCCAACGACGCAGCAAGCAACGCUCUUAUAUUCGCUGUCACCGUCAUAUCAAGAACGCGGCACGGCCUUCUUCUUCUCCCGCUAUGUCUCCGUCGACGAGAACGCUUGCCACCAGAACUUCGACUUCAUCUUCGACGUCUGGCGUCCGGCCAGCAUGUUGCCUGAGCGACAGGUAGAUGGGGUAUUGGCGAGCAUGACGGCUGUCGGGUUGGCCGGCCUGUCCCAUCUCACCAUGUGCCCCAAGAUGAUGGACUGGUCGCGCAGGAGCUACGGCACCGCUUUACAAAUGACCAACGAUGCUUUGAGGAACCCUGCCGAGGCGGUCAAGGACACAACCAUGAUGUCCAUCCUCAUCUUAGGCACGUACGAGAUGCUCAGUGGCCGCAGCAACCAGACGGUUAGGGCAUGGCAAAACCACAUCAACGGCGCAUCUGCCCUGGCGAAGAUGCGCGGCCUCAAGCAGUUCAUGACACGAGCGGGAGCUCGCAUGUUUGUGAUGCUCACGCAGAUCGUCCUCAUCAACUGCAUGCAGAAAGAUAUGCCCAUGCCGCAGCCCCUGAUCGAGCUACGAAACCAGCUGGGUAUGUUGUCGGGUGGGAUGGAUCCCAACUGGCGACUGUCGGGCCCUAUUUACAAGGUCAUGCAGUUGCGAUACGACAUCAACAGCGGACUACUCGGCCAGCCGGCUGAUAUUAUAAAGCAGCUGACAAAGGUCGACCAAGAAUUUGCCGACGUCAUUGCCGAGCUUCCAGAGUACUGGAAGUACCGACCCGUGAGGCUCUCGACACCCCACCCAGCCGUUUUCGAUGGUCACCGUUGUGACGUGUAUCCGACUCUGGGUCUAGCCUCAACGUGGAACGGCGUCCGAUCCAUCAGAAUGAUGGUGCACGAGACCAUAAUCGGGGAGAUCAUUAAGUGCUUCCCCGACCGCCACAUAAUGGACUGGCCGUAUGAAGCGAAAUUGCAGCUGGCAAAGUCUGUCGAGUUGUUGGAGAGAUUACGAGACACAGUGAUAGCGAGUGUUCCUCAGCAUUUUGGCCUUGUCGACUUCAAAGACGCCAUUUCGGAAAGCGGCGCUUCGGCAACAGCUGUCAUCACGCCGAAGAAGGCGCCGGUCCGUAUCGUAUCAUCUCCGGCAACGUUCACAUCGUCUCCUUCGCCCUCGUCUGCAGACGGCUCGACACGACGCCCGGUUGUUUUCAACGGUCCGACCUUGCACGAUCCGGCCCAUAUGAAAGGUCGCAGUGACAAUGCUGAGCGUUUCAUGACACUCGCUUCUGCAAGCAACACCAUUGUAUGGCCGUUGUACUUGGUGGGCGUAUCGUCGUGCGGCACGGAGGAGGUCAAGAAGUAUGUCGUCGAACGGUUGCAAGCAAUCCUCGAGGAGUCGGGACUGCUGCAAGCCCGCGGCGUAGCACUCAUGGUGCGGGACAAGGAGGUGUGCGUCCCGUGGUCCGAUGUGUACUGGGAUCGAAUGCCACAGACGCACAUCCCACCCGACUUGCUUUUAUGAGGUCUUCUGAAGCGCCCAUGUAAAGCGAACCCGGGGGUGAUAAAUUGUCGUCUGCAUGCAGCAGUCAACGUUUCGCCUUGGGACUGUCCUGCCUGUGGCGACCUUUGGAACUGUACGAUAAAACUGUAGGGGGUAUCAUUCAUUUUAUUCCAAAUUUGGACUCGUGAUCUUGGGACAAUCGGUUCCAAGCCGCGGCCGCGA